AUGGAUCUCGGGUCCGAGCCUGGGAAGAGAAUGCGAAAGACUCUGUCGCCUACGGUCUCUUUCUUCUCCGGCUUCCUGCCACUACUAUGGUCAUUUGAACACGUAUCUCGAUGCUUGUGGUGGCGCUUGGCGUCACUUUUGGAAGGUCGGUCUUGA